AUGGGAUUAUGUCAGUCGACCGAAGACAAAGAGUUGACCAUGAAGUCGAAGGCUAUCGACAAAGAGAUGAUGCAAGGCCAUCUGGCUCAACAGAAGGUCGUCAAGCUGCUUCUGCUUGGUGAGUCCUCGACGUCAUCUUGCCUCCCCGCACGCCUUUCUUUCGUCCGUUUACGUUUACAGCUGCUAUUACUAGAAUUAUAGGCGCCGGAGAAUGUGGAAAGAGCACAGUGCUGAAGCAGAUGAGGAUCCUCCACGAUCACGGCUUCACGACCGAAGAAUCCGAGCAGCAGAAGAGCGUCGUGUUCAACAAUACACUUCAGGCGAUGAUCUCGAUUCUGAAGGGCAUGGAAUCACUCCGGGUGACGUUCGACAAGCCGGUCCGAGAGAACGACGCAAAGUUUGUGAUGGAGGCACACAAAAUGCUACAGGAGGCGAAGCAAUUCCCGGAAGAGUUGGCGCAGAGUAUCGAGAAUUUGUGGGCGGAUAAGGGUGUUCAACAAGUGAUAGCCAAGGGGAACGAGUUUCAGAUGCCUGAGAGCGCGCCACAGUAAGAGCCUCGGAUUCUACUAACUAACCUCUUCCUCAAUCCAAUCGUUUUCAGCUUCCUCUCAAGCCUUGAUCGCAUCAAAAUGGCCGAUUACGUACCGACGGAGCAGGAUAUCCUUCUGUCGAGAAUCAAGACGACCGGAAUUGUCGAGGUCAAGUUCCAGAUGAAGAAUGUGGAUUUCAGGUUAGUCCGGGCGUUGUAUAGAACUUCUCAAAAGUGCACAUUUCAGAGUGUUUGACGUAGGAGGUCAGCGAUCAGAGCGAAAGAAGUGGAUCCACUGUUUCGAGGACGUCAACGCCAUCAUCUUCAUCGCUGCCAUCUCGGAAUACGAUCAAGUUCUGUUCGAGGAUGAGACUACUGUAAGCGGAGGUACCAGUAAAAUGCUACAAAAUAAUAUUGUAGAACCGAAUGAUUGAGUCGAUGAGGUUGUUCGAGUCCAUCUGCAACUCGCGAUGGUUCAUCAACACUUCCAUGAUACUCUUCCUCAACAAAAAAGAUCUGUUCGCCGAGAAGAUCAAGAGGAGUUCCAUCAAAGUUGCAUUCCCAGACUACAAAGGUAACCUGGCCCGCUUGAAGCCUACUAUCGUCAAAUCCAUUUCCAGGAGCGCAAACCUACGACGAGUCGACGCGCUACAUCGAGGAGAAGUUCGACGGACUGAACGCGAACCCGGAGAAGACGAUCUACAUGCAUCAGACGUGCGCGACGGACACGGACCAAGUGCAAAUGAUCCUCGACUCGGUCAUCGACAUGAUCAUCCAGGCCAACUUGCAGGGCUGCGGUUUGUACUGA